AUGAUUAUUCGGACAGUCGCAACUGCAUCUACCAGGGUUCAAAAAGCCACAGUGGCAGGAAGGAGCAAAAUUUUGGGUGCUUCUUCUAGCCAUCAGCGUUUCAUGUCGUCGUCGUCGUCUUCCAUGGAUCGUUAUGGCCUCGGUGGACAUAGUUGGAAAAAGUUUGAUCCAUCUUCAUAUUCUGAAUUGAUACAUGCGGCAUUAUCCAAAGAGGUAUCACUUUUGGAAGUGUCUGGACAAGAAGGGGGCGAAAUUGCCAUGGUCGGAGCGAUUCAAGGUGCAAUCGAAAGAUCUCCCGAAUUAUUGGAUCGGAAAAGCCGAAAGCUCAUCCUUACUACCAGAAUUGGCUACCGAGAACAAGAAAUCAAACAAAAGGACGAUAAGGAAGAUACUGUCAAAGCAGAGGAUAUAAAGAAACGAGCAGGAGAUGUGAUAGCCACAGAAGAGGAAUCAUUGUCCGUCAUUCAUAAUGUAUCCGCAGAUUACGUUUUGGAAACGAUGAAGGCUUCUCCACUUUUGGAAUUGCAAGAGGAAUUCAACAUAAAAAUUGCAUUCCUGAUCCAAAAUCCCGAGGUCCAGGUGUUGGAGCUACUCAAGGACGAUCCGAAUGCAUCGUUUGAGGAUCGACAGGCGUAUAUACAACAACGUUGGCAGCAUGCAUUAGAAGCCAUGCAAGAGCAUGCGGCUUCAAUCUCUGGCGUUUCCUUUGGAGUUGUGAGUAAUGGAUUAGGAAUUCCUUCCGAGCAAAAGCAUCCAAUGCAUUUGGGUGCGGACUUGGUGAUUGACGCAGCCAAGCAAUACGAUCAAUUUUCAACAGUCCAACUACCCGCAAACUUGCUGGAGACGCAUGGAUGGGAUAUGGCGCGAAAACUGCAUUCGGCAGUUCCUUCGUUGGAUGUCAUGGCUAUUCGACCAUUGACAUGCUAUCCUGAUUUAGGAACUGGUACGGGACAUCCGUUCCGCUUGGUGGACUACAAUCUUCCUAGUUUGCACGAAAAUCCCCUGGGUCCCUUUGAAGCGGAGGAGGAGGCAUCUUCGACGACACCGUCAUCAUCUAGUUCUGUCCAGUACACCAACGAAAUGACUGGACCCCCAAGGAUAUAUCAGAUUGCUCUACAAACGGCAAUGUCCCAUUUCGAUGCAGAAGAGCUGCUAGAGAUCAAGCAAGAACGAGACCUGACGAUGGAAGAACGGGAGACUUUGGAUGGGUGCAAAUUGGUCCAAAGUAUGAUCCAUGAUCUAGACAAUGACUUGGAAAACAUUCGGUCGUUUGCGGCGCACGAGGAAGAACUGUAUUCCCGCAUCAUUCCGCUCCUCUACGAUACCUUUGAAGCAAUGGACGACAGGACCUCGGAAGUGUUGAGUGCAUUUUUUGCGGCCUACGCAGUGGCAGUUCGUUAUGCCAUUGCCAAAAAUACACGCAAAGUUUUGUUGCAGGGAGAAGGAGCAGCGGGAGGAGGCUCCAAAAAGAAUACAAUGACAUCCACAGUGACUUACCCCGACAUACCCAAGAAGAUGACGUUACAGGAGUACGCAUUGCGGCAUAUGCUCGCCGACAAGGCGUUCUCGCGUGUCAUAAUUGGGGCAUCCACAAUGGAAGAUUUCACUCAUCAAAUGCAGCUAAUGGCAGAAAUUGGUGACGAUCCAUUGGAUGCCAUUAGUAAGGCCAACGAAGCAGAGGCCAACGAAGCUGCUGAGCAAGUAGAUAAAUAA